UGGCAAAGAUCGUAGAGAGCUGCUAAGACCUGAGUUCGGGGUUGUUUCCCCUGCAAGAUCUGAUGACUUCAACAUCCAACACAGUCCCGAGAGUCCAGAUUCCUGUUCUCUUUUAGGUGUUAGUGGUUUUAUCAAGAAACAAAGAAUAUUGAACUCUGGAAUAUGCAGGUACCUUAACAUGGGGAAUCUUCUUAAAGUUUUGACAUGCACAGACCUUGAGCAGGGGCCAAAUUUUUUCCUUGAUUUUGAAAAUGCCCAGCCUACAGAAUCUGAAAAGGAAAUUUAUAAUCAGGUGAAUGUAGUAUUAAAAGAUGCAGAAGGCAUUCUGGAGGAUUUACAAUCGUACAGAGGAGCUGGCCAUGAGAUACGAGAGGCAAUACAACAUCCAGCUGAUGAGAAGUUGCAAGAGAAGGCAUGGGGUGCAGUUAUUCCACUAGUAGGCAAACUAAAGAAAUUUUAUGAGUUUUCUCAGAGGUUAGAGGCAGCAUUGAGAGGUCUUCUGGGAGCCUUGACAAGUACCCCAUAUUCUCCAACACAGCACCUAGAGCGAGAGCAGGCUCUUGCUAAACAGUUUGCAGAGAUUCUUCAUUUCACACUCCGAUUUGAUGAACUCAAGAUGACAAAUCCUGCUAUACAGAAUGAUUUCAGCUAUUACAGAAGAACACUGAGUCGUAUGAGGAUCAAUAAUGUUCCAGCAGAAGGAGAAAAUGAAGUAAAUAAUGAAUUGGCAAACCGCAUGUCUUUAUUUUAUGCUGAAGCAACCCCAAUGUUGAAAACCUUAAGCGAUGCCACAACGAAAUUUGUAUCAGAGAAUAAAAAUCUACCAAUAGAAAAUACCACAGAUUGUUUAAGCACCAUGGCUAGUGUAUGCAGAGUCAUGCUUGAAACACCGGAGUAUAGAAGCAGGUUUACAAAUGAGGAGACAGUGUCAUUCUGUCUGAGAGUAAUGGUGGGUGUCAUCAUACUCUAUGACCAUGUACAUCCAGUGGGAGCAUUUGCCAAAACAUCGAAAAUUGAUAUGAAAGGUUGUAUCAAAGUCCUAAAGGACCAGCCUCCUAAUAGUGUAGAAGGCCUUCUAAAUGCUCUCAGGUACACAACAAAACAUUUGAAUGAUGAGACUACCUCCAAGCAAAUAAAAUCCAUGCUGCAAUAACAGUUUCCUGGAAUUAGCACCUGCUGUAGAAAGAUGACAGUAUUCUGCAAUGACUGAGAUGCACAGUUUUUUAGUGAUUGCAAUUACUCUCUCAUUCAUUCUUGCUUUUUCUUUCUUUUUUCCUCUUCCCCCUUUUUAAAUCAUGUUCUUGUUUUUAAGACUUCUUUUCUGUGCCAAAAUGAAUAAAGAUAUAAACUUUGAAGGGAUGUUUUCCUUUCAACAUGGCCAUUUAAGGCAGCUAAUUAUGCAUUGCAUUUGGAUCUCUACUGAGAAAAAUUCUGUGACUUGAACUAAAUAUUUUUAAACGUGGAUUUUUUUGGGGAAACUAAUAUUUAAUAUUGCUUCUUCUGCAUGGCAAAACUGCCUAUUUCUGCUAUUUAAAAACCCUCAAUGACUUCAUUUUUCUAUUGCCGCUUUUUUCAUGUGCAACCAAGAUAAAGAUGUUUAAAUUAACUGUGUUGUACAAAAUGGUACCCAACACAAAAGGUUUUUUUUUUUUAAUUAGUAAAACUGGUUUGUUUAAAGUUUUACAUUUGCAUUUUGACUUUUUUUUUUGUAAGGAUGUAUGUUGUGUGUUUUAACCUUUAUUAACUAACGUUAAAACUGUGAUGUGUGCGUAGAAAAAAUACGUAUGCAUGUUCAUGUUUAAAGAAUGGCUGUUGAUGAUAAAAUAAAGAUCAGCUUUCAUUUUUCUAA